CAAUGAAACAUAUGUUUUUUGUUAUUCAAUUUGUGAUUGUUAUGCUUUUCACUUUCAAAUAAUCUAGUAAUCAAUAAAUUGUGGUUCUGGUUUUAAAACAGUUCCGAAGUCGUUUGAGGAAAUACUGAUUAUAAAUAGAAGUUUUACUUUAUGUACCUAAUUGGAACAAGAGUGUGGUCCUGACUAAUAAGAAAGGAGGAAAAUUUGCUCUGAAUAGAUCUAUUAAAUGAUAAUAGUGUAGUUAUUUUAUGAAGUAAUUAAUUAUAUCGUUAGCAUCAUAACAAAGGAUUUAUUGUCAUGGUUGAAAAACAUUUUCUCAGUUAAAUAAUAUUCAUGCAGAAUUUUAAUAUUAUAUUUCUUGACUUUCAAUUCACUUAGUUCUAAUUGGAAUAAAUGAUUUGCUCACUUACUUGGACUCUUAGUAACAAAUCUUAAUAAGGCUAGGCUUUAGAGCAGUGACUUAUGCAACAUUGUGAGGUCAAACAAAGGACUGAAAGCCUUAUUUUGUGAGUCAUAAGUUUGACUGGCUCAGUAACUAUGUCUGAAAUAUUUGAGUCAGUAAAAGAGGAACUGAAACAAAUUGAAAAUGAACUGGAUACAAAUACAGAGUGUUGCAGCAUGUAUGACAGCAGUAAGCCAUCACUGAUGGAUAUGCCAGUUGAAAUAAUUUUGAAAAUAUGCUCAUUUCUGGAUGCACAUUUUUUAAAGUAUACAUUGAGCAAAGUUUGUCAGCGAUUUGAGGAUAUAUUAGCAGAUGAUCACUUAUGGAAAUAUUGGGUACACAGUAAAACUAAUGGUUGUUUCCCAACAUUGCCACUAUUGAAAAUAUGGGAUGAAACACAAAUUGACUGGGAAGCAGUUUGUGUCGAAAUGGAUGUAGAAAUGAAGAAAUGGACCAAUGUAAAAGAAACAACAAGACACAUUGUUGUAAAGGAUGUUCAUUUUGCUUCCGUGGAUACUGUUCUACUAGUCAAUAAUGGCGAAAUUUGUAUAUCAGGUGGUAGAGAUCGAGGAAUGGCGUUAUGGAAUGUCCUGGAGAUUAGCCCUCAUGAUGACAGUGACAAUGUCACCACAUUUACAGAUGCUAAACCAAAGCAAAUUAGGCAUGAUGCUCAUGCUGGCUGGGUCUGGGACCUGGCUGCAGAUAAUAUAAAUUCCGCUUCAACUAUAUACUCUGCUUCAUGGGACAACACUGUCAAAGCAUGGGAUCUUGAGGCUGGUUUUGAAUGUAAACAAUCAUUUCGGUGUGGGAUGUCAGCAUUGUCCGUUGCCACUGUUGAACACGAAGUUAUAGCUGGCUUAUACUCCAAAAAAAUUCUGUCGUUCGACUUGCGAGCUGGUCCAAGCCCCACUUAUGCUUACAAACCACACAAAGGACCUGUUUUGGCUCUGCAAACAUUCAAUAAUAUGAUCGCGUCAUUAAGUGAAGAUAAAACUAUGGCUGUAUGGGAUAGAGUUGCUGGCAAACUUUUAUUGAGUGAUGUGAAGAUUCCUACUGAUAAAGCUUAUCCUGUGUGCAUUAGUUGGAGCCCAUCCGCCUUAUAUGUUGGAGACUCUAAAGGUUGUUUGCACCUCUUUAAUCCAGAAGACCACACAUAUGUAAGAACUCAUGAAAUAUGGCCUGAGCCUCCCAUAAUUAAGCCGUCUAGCAAGAUUACUGGCUGCUACCAAAGUUCUGGUAAUAUGAUUGUCUGUUCAGACAGAGGAGAAAUCAAAUUCAUGUACAACUGCUAUCCACCACUAGAGUACACCAAUGUAAGGAGUAGUACAUUUGAUGUCACCCAGUUACGAUACUUGAACGGUGUGUUAGUGGUUGGCACAUGUGACUCGGCACUGGAGUUUUGGGUACCGAAAGAUAGGUACAUACCCCAUUGAUUUCGAAACAAUACUGUGGAAAGGUAUUAAGUAAUUUUGAAAUAUUUGCCCUCAUUUUAUGGAAAAUUCUAUGAACAAAUUAUUUAUUAUGCCCUUAGUUUAUUUUAACAUUUAGGUCGACAUAAAAUUUUAUUAUACUGAAACAAGUUAAUAAUUUCAUUAUGCCUAUUGCUUAACUCUCAUAAUUCUUAAGAUUGGACUAUGCUCAGUAUGCUCUAUUCUAU